UGUUAACAUCGAAUUCUAUUAGUAAACGCAAUGUCGUGUCAUUAUAAGAAACACGAGAAAUCAUUGUGACAUUAUUGAAACGAUGUUCAUCGUUUUCACGUUAAUUGUCAGAUUUAUUUAACUAGCGCCUUUCGCAGGCUAAUGUCAUAAAUGGCCGCGUGGGCGUGCACUGUCGUUACCAUUAUAGGUUAGUCAUUAAAUCUCGUGUUGCUAUUUGAUCGGUUAAAUUUUAUUCAUCGCGACUCGUUGUACUCGAAUUACGUUAAGAUCGAAUGUUACUCUAUCGAGUGUCGCUAAGUCUAUUGUGUGUUGAUGAUUAUUUAUAAAUCGAUAGAAUAUUGCAAUCUGAUUACCUUGUUCGAAUUAAUUGAGCCAAAUCUGUUGUAGAAACCAGUAAAUUCAUUCUGAAUUACUAAUCUUUUAGAAAUAUAAAAAGUUAACGAAACAGUGCUAAAAACAAUAAAGAAAAUGCAUACAACUGGUGAUUUCAUCUUACAUGGCGGUAAUGCAGAUUUUGCAAAUAGACAAAAAUUACUGUUUGACAAAUUGUCAGAUGCAGAGCAAGAAUGCAGUAAGAAUAAAAUGGUCACUGAAUCUACAAAUAUUGAUGUGGAUAUUAUUAAACCAAACCAAUUCCAAAUUUCAAGAAAGGACCAGAAUUAUAGAAUUGAAAUGAAAAGAUUUCGUGGUAAAGAGAGUAUCUUUAAGCAGCCAGAAGGUCCAGCACCACGUGCAGUUAAUAGAAGUGUACCAGAUUUUCAUAAGAAUCCUCACAAGUGGAAGAAAUAUAGUUUGGAUGAUGUAUCUAAUGAUGAUAUGACAGAAGAGAGUAAUACAAGGGCUGCAUUAUCAUUUUUGAAAGAAUUAAAAGCGAGAAAGUCAAUAGAGAAAGUAAGAGAAUCAGAGAAAAUGGACAUAGAUGAAUCUGAUUUAAUUAAAGAACAUGAAAUGAAAGUAGUAUUUAAGUCCAAGAAAAGGAAAGUACCCAUAGAAAUUGAAUUUAAAAAACCUGAAAGCAACACAAGUAAAGCAAGCAAUAUAUCAAUUAUUGAAAAUGAUGAUAAACCAGUCUUUAGGAGUAGUAAAAUUAUUAUGCCAGAAUAUGUUGUUGGCCAAAAGAAAAAGAAAAAAGAUAAGAAAGAAAGACAACCUGUAAAAAUAGACAGAUCCAGACAACUUAAAUUGGAUCAUUUAGAAGAACUUGAUGAAGAGGAAAAUUGAAUAUUUGUGUGAUAUUAAUAUUGU